AUGUUCAUUUCCAUGUAUUCUAUUCAUGGAGGUAGUCCUGUUCAGACCCCCUCGACAGUCCCACACGCUGGCAGAGUGCGCAGAAAGAAGAUCCUGAACCGGAGUGGCAAAGAUGGCGAUAAAGGUAGAUUUUGUUGCUUUGCCAAGGAACCUGUUGAAGACGUUACAGUUUGGAGCGAGUCGAUCGAAAAGCUACUGGAGUCCCCAGCUGGUCUGCAUGCCUUUACCGAGUUCCUGAAGUCCGAAUACAGUGAGGAAAACAUCAAGUUCUGGCUAGCCUGUCGGGAUUACAAGAAGCUCACUUGUAAUACAGAAAUGACUUGUGAAGCCAAUAGGAUCUACUCAGAGUAUGUCCAAACAGAGGCUCCCAGCCAGAUCAACAUCGAUUGUAAGACUCGAGCGACGAUAAAAAAUAACAUGACGGAUCCGGAUGGGGGCAUUUUCGACACAGCCCAAGCUCUGAUCUACAGGCUCAUGACGAGGGACUCUUACCCACGGUUUUUAAAAUCCGACUUCUACCAAGCUUUGCUGCGGAAAUGAAGCCACACCUACCGUCACUAGGAGUAAACGUCUUACUUUAAGAGUGUGUUUGGUUCCCAGGUAAAUGCAUGUACAUGUUUAGGCUGAACCGAUGAGUUCCAAUGGAGUUCUUUCACAAAAAGCCAUUCUCAAUAGGCCAUUUGGAACUGAGGAACUAAAUUCUCUUUGUUGUACAUUGUAGUGAUAUAUUAAAAAUAAAAAUAUACUGAAAGUUACAAAGCAAAAAAUAUAUAUACAUUUCAGCAACUGCAGACAUACAUAUUACAGACCUAGAAAAGCCACUACUGAAUCUUAAUAAUGUAAAAUAUGUGACAGAAUUAAAUAUAUUUUUAUUAUGUGCAUAAAAAGUUACCUGGAUUUUCUUUAAAUUUGGUAGUGUUUGAAAACAUUUUAAAUAAUAAAACUCGAGUCUUAUCACUCAAAGCCAUAAUAUACUGUGAUGUGUUCUUUCUUAUAACAUUAUUGUGUAUGCACUUCAAACCACUAGAUAAGUCAAAAAUCUACUAAAAUUAUGCUGUAGAGACAUAAGUAAUAUUUACAAAUACUUUGUAAAAGUACUUUGUAAAAGUCAGAAUAGCUAAACCAAGGUAGCUAGAAAAGAGUAUGUAGCUAGUCAAUUUGUACAUCUAUUAAAAAAAAAGUCAAGUAAGCUAAAUUCAAUUAAAUGUUGUUAAAUAAAUAGUUAAAAUCUAGCUAGAGAAAAUUGGCUAGUUAUCUUAAAAUGACAGUUUUAUCUUUAUUUUUUUUUAUAACAGUUUAAUUUUUACUUAAUAAAAAUUACAUUGAAAAUAUGUGACAAAUGAAUGAAAAUUGGGUUAUGCAGAAAAAUAUACUAUAAAAUUUCCACAUAAUAUAUGUCUCAUGGUCUAGGUCUCUAAUAUGAAUAUCUGUUUAAAAAAAAUCGAUCUGAAAAAUGGAUCAAAUGAAGAAUGUGAAAAUGUAAAUUAACCAUGAAACUCACUAUUACCUGGUAACUAGCGCACUUUAAAUUAAUGUAAUUAAGAGUGUAUUGCAUAUCAAGACAGGCAAACAUCGUUCUGUGGACCAUGUUACGUUGUACAGAAACUUGCAGGUUGCUGCACAUUGUAUUAGUUUGCGACUAGUAGAAUAAGGUAGUAGUCAAAUUUGUGGUGUGGUCAUCUUUGAAGUAGAACAAGUGUAAGGGUUUUUUUAAUGUGCUUUUGUUUGCAUAAAGACUUUUGUUUUGUAAGAAAUAUGUGUAUAUAUAUAUGUGUGUGUGUGUGGUGGCCUGAGAAAAUGUUUUACAUGGUGAAAUUGCGAGAUUUAUACCAUAUUGGCUCAUCUAAACUGGUUUCUCUGUUGCUUGUAAAUUAGUCAGUAGAGAUCAAGUUUUAGCAUUUGCAAAUGGAAAUCCAAAAAAAUCUAUUCAUUAAAUUGUAUUUAUUUAAAAUUUGGCUGGUAUUUUUUUUUUUUCUCAGGUCAUCACAUAUAUGGUAAAUUUCUUACUUGCAUAGAUCUGGUGCAUAUAUAAAAAGUCAUCUAUAUACCACAUGUAAAAUUACAUGUAACAUUCUUUUUUAUGCAUAAUUAUAAUGAUUAUAAAAUUGCUGUAAAACAUCAUUUACUAAAUAAGUAAAAAAUUGCCCAAUCAGAUGUCGUGCCACGAGUAAUGACGCAGAAUAAUUUCACUUAAAUUUUUUAAUUGAUUCUAUGUAAAACAGAAAUUCAAGCAAAGCUGGUGCUUUGUUUAAUAGGCGUUAUUGAUAUAUAAUGUUAGUAAAAAAAAAAAGUUUUAUCAGCAUCUCAUUUCCUUGUAACUUGGGAUACUUUCUGGUUUUCUUUGUUUUUUUUUAUUUUCGUUUGUUUUUCAGAAGAGAAUGGACAGCUUGCUCUCUUGGAAUUGCCUGUGCAAAUAAAAGUGUCACGUAGCUAAACCACUUUCACGCGAUGUCAUUCAUUCAAUUGUAGAACAUGUUGUUGGAUGGACAGUAGGUGGCAACACUGUGUUGCAAAAUGGCGUGCAAACUUCUUACCUCAUCACAUUUGCAUUGGCUGGUUUGGCAGGCUUUUAC